AACCGGGAGGGCUGCAAAGUGUGUAUAGAAAGAAACCCUGAAUAUCAAAUGGAAUGAAGAGAUGAAGUGAGUGUGUGAGAGAGAGAGAGGUGAAUGACGAUAGCAGCAGGGAUCGGUUACGCCUUGUUAGCACUCGGCCCGUCUCUCUCCCUUUUCAUCUCUGUUAUCUCCAAAAAGCCCUUCCUGGUUCUCACCGUCCUUUCCAGUACAUUGCUAUGGCUUGUAAGUCUCAUCAUGUUGUCGGGACUGUGGAGGCCAUUUCUGCCUCUGAAAUCAUCCGCAUGGUGGCCCUACAGCCUCCUCAUAUUCACCUCAGUUCUCUUUCAAGAAGCCCUUCGGAUUCUUUUCUGGAAGGUCUAUAAGAAGUUGGAAGAUACAUUGGAUGCAUUUGCUGAUAGAGUAUCUAAACCACGCCUGUAUAUGACUGAUAAGAUGCAAAUUGCUCUGGCUGGUGGUUUGGGUCAUGGCGUGGCACAUGCUGUGUUCUUUUGUCUCAGUCUCUUAACACCAGCAUUUGGUCCAGGAACUUUUUUUGUCGACAGGUGCUCAAAGAUACCCUUUUUUCUUCUUUCUGCUAUCAUUGCCCUUGCAUUUGUUACAAUUCACACAUUUUCAAUGGUCAUUGCAUUUAAUGGAUAUGCAGAAGGCAAUAAAGUGGACCAGAUUUUUGUUCCUUUAGUUCAUCUUGUUGCAGGGAUGGUGACACUAGUUAAUUUUGCAUCUGGGGGAUGUAUUAUUGGUAUUCCUCUCCUCUACUUUGUCGCUGUGUUAACCUUAUUGCAUUGUGGGAAGAUGGUGUGGAGAAGGUUAACAGAGAACAGACACAGACCGGUCAUGUAGAAUGCAGUCACUUGUCUGACUACACGUGCAGGUCCUUUGUGUAUCCUAAAGAUUGAAGGGCAUCACCUACUGCUGCCUGAAGAACUGUUUUGUUACUCUUAAGCUGAAGAACUGUUUCGUUACUCUUAAGCUCUUUAAGGGCGACUACAUUCGGCAUUUCCAGCAAAGAACAAGAUUUCGUGUUCUGAUAUUCUGGGAUAAAUGAUUGUUUCAAACAGCUAUACAAAAGACUUCAGUAUCUUAUGAAUCAAACUGUGUACAUUUUAGACUUGUGUAAAGAUUUUUUUUGGUUCAUUCACAUAGCCCCAGCAGAAGAGUAAGAAUGAAAUUAAAAGGACCAUGGAUUUUGGUUGCUGUAAAAUUCGGCGGUGGCUUCAAUGUUUGUAGCUUCUUUUCUUCCGAGUGUAGUUGCUCUAUAUACUAUGUAAUGGCAAAUUAUAUUAUCACUUUGAACUGUAUGCUAGGGGAAUAGUCACUUCAAAGCCUCCCACAAUGCUGAA